UGCAGCUCGUAGCCUACCCCCUGGCGGUCCCGGGAAGGCCGGCCCGGCAGCGAACGCGGCUAGACCCGCUGAGAACAGACUUCACCUUGGGAACAUGCUCUCCGGCGCCCUUUUCGAGGCGACCGGGCCCUCCGCUCACAAAGCGGCCCUCGCUUUGAUUACCGUUACUCUGCUACCCUAGAGACCGCCGCGCCGGCUCUUGGUCCAGGCCGAGCGCGCUGCGCGCUCGCAGGACCAAGCGUACCCUCGUCCGCCGCGAACGGUCACCAUGCGCACGCUGCGGGUCGUGCUCGCGCUCGCCGCCGCGUGUGCGUCUGACGUUCUCGACGCGCCAACGUUUUUCUUCAUCGGCUCGUCCAAAUGCGCGACGUCCUCGAUCGCGGCAGCGCUCGCGCGACACCCCGCCAUCACGUCGCACGCCGGGCAAGGCGGGCAAGGCGAGGCGCACGUCUUUGACGGCGACCACCGCGCGCACGUCAAGAACGCGAAGGCGCUGCUCCGGCGGCUGCAGGCGAAGCUGCGCAAGAACCCGAAGCCCGGUGCGCUCGCGUCGAUGGAAUACACGCCCGAGUACCUCUUCGAGGCGAACCACGUGCCCGCGUGCCUGUGCGGCGCGCUCCAGCUGACGGCUGCCGCGCGCUGCGCCAACCGCCGGUUCCUCGUCACGCUGCGCGAGCCCGUCGCGCGCGCCGUCUCGUCGUGGCAGUUCAAGUCGCGCGCCGGCGGCGGCGAGACGCGCUCGUUCCGCCGCGUCGUCGAGGAGGGCGCCGCGCUCGCGCGCGGCAUGCGCGCGUGCCUUCGGGCGCACGGCGGCGGCGACCGCGCCGCCGUGCGCGCGUGCCCGAUUGACCGGUAUCUCACGCCGCCGCCGCACGGCCACCACCAGCAGAUCUCGCUGAGCCACGUCGGCAAGGGGCUGUACGUGUACCAGCUGCGCGCGUGGUUCGCGCGCGUGCCGCGGGAGCGCUUCCUCGUCGUGCCGAUCGAGCAAUUCUACGCGAACGCGACGGACGGGCUCGCGCGCGUGCUCGCGUUUGUCGGCGUGCCCGCGCUCGGCGCGCGCGGCUUUGCGAGCGCGCACGCGCUAAAGGCCGCCGCCGAGAUCCACGUGAACGACGCGCGGCCGUCGCUGGCGCUGCGCGCGCAGGUGACCGACGCGCUCAAGGAGCAGCUCGCGGCGGUGUACGCCGAGCCCAACUGCGAGCUUGACCGGCUGCUCGGCUUUGCGACGGGCUAUUGCGCGCGCGCGCGCAAGCGCGACGCGGCGCCCGGCGUCGUCACUGAGCGCGCGGUGGCGAAACAAGCCUCGGGCACACGAACCGGCGUGUCGGUGAAAAGCGCCUCAAUACGAGCGGUAGCACAUAGCACGGGGUAG